AUGAAAACGUCCGUAGCACAUGAGAAAGCGAAUGAUCUUGUAUUUUCGCCCAACUGGGAGAAGGAGUUUUUUACAACGUGGUUACGGCUGAUGGAGCGUCAAAAGGAUGAACAAGACUUGACCCAAACACUACAAAGUCUAUUAAAACAAGAUGGAGAUGCAAUGAUUAUCGUACAAGAAGCAAAACAUCAUGCAAAUAUGAUGCAUGCGAAUAACAAGACAAUGGCGGAUCUCGUGGCACAAUUGAAUGAGUUUUUCUUCCGUGAUAUUGUACCAGCACUUCAUAAACUGAGACAAGGAGUAGAGACGAUGAGAUACGAUCGUUCAAUGCCAUUACAACAACGACAAGCAGAUCCAUUGGAUCAGUACUUGGAACAUGGAGAUGAAGAAACAGUCAUGCCUCAAGCUUUUGUGGACAAUAUGAGUGGAUGGGCAGCACCUUUUGAAUCGAUUGGUUCUGGACAGAAGAAAAAAAUGGGGCACGAGAAGAACAUGAAACAGGCAGAGAUGCUGUUGUAUAGUUCAUUACAAACUGGGGAAGAACAAGGUGAUGGGAUAGCCAAGAACGAUAAGAAUUUACAUUAUGGGAGCGCAAAUGAUAUGUACCAAAAAAUGCCGAGUGUAAACAGCCUGAAGGUGGACGCUAUGCUAAAUGUAGACUGUUCAACUAUGGCAGCAGCGUACGCUUCACAGCAACAAACUGCACCGAUGCCGAACAUGAUCGUGCCACAGGGAAGGCCUGCUGGAUCGAAAACAAAAGCACACUCAUCUGCUGUUGGCAGACCAAAGAAUCAGUCAUCCAUUUUUUCAAACACCAAAGUGAUGGUAGACAAUGGCGAGGUGAAGAACACGCAUGAGAAUGUGCCAUCGUCAACAUUAGGCUACCUUUCCUCUCGAUCGAGGUCCGUCUCUAAAUCGACGUCACGAACGGAACCGCACAGUACUUCCAGUUUGACUAAAAGGAGAGGUUGUAUCGGCAAAAAAGCUGCAUCCGGUUUGGUUGCCGACCAAGUCUUGGAUGUGCGUACGUAUGGAACUGUAAAGGAAUAUCUCAUUUGCUGGCAAGGUCUAUCAGCACCGCGAUGGAUUGCACGUCAAAAAUCUUCACCUCAAGCCAAAGAGUUAAUUGACGCGUACGCUGCAGCGUUGCGUAGACGAAAUGCUCCGCUUUCAAGGCAUGGCCGAGGAGGUAGUACGAGUGGGCGAAAAAGGGCCUCAAGAAAUGGAGUAAAUGGGCAGGAUGGCUCUGGAGCUGAAGAGGUGAAAUUUUAUGUUGUCGACCAUAUUGUGAAUCAUCGUAUGCAUUACAACAAACGGCAAUACCUUGUUCGGUGGGAGAACUACUCAGCGAGCCAAGAUACAUGGGAGAAUGCCGCCAAAUUACGCGCAGAUGUGCCUGAUAUCGUUGACGCCUACGAAGAGAAACUUCAGCAAGAUCAGACUCAAACGGACGCUGUUCACUCAACCAUGUCCAAGACAAUUUGUGAUACCACUGCUGCAUCAAAGCUCCCAACAACAAGAAGGAGCAGUGAAAGUGCAGAGGGUGCUGCAGACGGGAGCACGACACAGGUUUUGCAAAGUGUAAACCAAGUUGCUGAGCAAGAAACCUUGGAAAAGCGACAGCACAUUUUUACAGAUGAUGAAGGAAAGCAAGAUGGUGUCACUGAAGAUAUUACGAGCAAAGAUGACUCUCAUGUUGACGUGAAAGAUGAGAGCUGGAAGAAUGUAGCAACGAAGAGGUUGCGGACAAUUUAA